CCUAGUUUGUUGCUGGCUGAUCGAGGAGUGACUGACUGGCUAGCUGGCUAGCUAGUACAUAUGCCCUACUUUAUGUACUAGCUAUGCAUUUUAAUGUAAUAACUAACGUUAGUGAAUAGCCGAGUGAAACGAAUAAGAGAACUACAACACCGUGGUUGACAUAAUUGCGGCAAUGCCUCUCUUCACGUCCAAUCCAUUUGAGCAAGAUGUUGAGAAAGCCACCAGUGAGAUGAACACAGCGGAGGACUGGGGCCUCAUCCUGGACCUUUGUGAUAAGAUAGGACAGUCUCGCUCCGGGCCUAAAGAAUGUCUUCGGUCCAUUAUGAGACGAGUCAACCACAAGGAUCCCCAUGUUGCCAUGCAGGCUCUGACGCUACUUGGUGCCUGUGUUUCAAACUGUGGGAAGAUAUUUCAUCUAGAGGUGUGCUCCAGAGAGUUUGCCAGUGAGGUCAGCAACGUUCUAAACAAGACCUGGCUAAAGCCAUAGAGUUGUCUCUAAAGGAGCAGCGUAGUCAGCCCGGGUCGGGGCUAUCUGGGUCUGGUUUGUACCCCAGCGCCUCUUUCCUCUCUUCCCAGAGGCCUGAGGGCAGGAAGGUCAGGGCCAUCUAUGACUUUGAGGCUGCAGAGGACAACGAGCUCACCUUCAAGUCUGGAGAGAUCAUCACUAUCCUGGACGACAGUGACCCCAACUGGUGGAAAGGAGAAACGUAUCAGGGAGUUGGACUAUUCCCCUCAAACUUUGUAACGGCUGAUCUGACUGCAGAGCCUGAGAUGAUGAAGACAGAAAAGAAGACAGUACAAUUCAGUGAGGAGGUCCAGGUGGAGAGCAUAGAGCCUGAGCCUGAACCGGUCUACAUAGACGAGGAGAAAAUGGACCAGCUGCUGCACAUGAUCCAGAGUGCAGAUCCAACAGCACACCAAUCUGAUGCCUGUGAGCUGCUGCAGCUAGAGGGUGCCUGCAACCAGAUGUGUCCCCUCAUUGAUCAGAAGCUUGAGAGCACUGACAGGAAGCAUUCAGAGCUGUCAGAGCUGAAUGUGAAGUUGAUGGAGGCUCUGUCUCUUUAUGCUAAGCUUAUGAAUGAGGACUAUGCCAUGUACACAAAGCUACAGACCCAGCAGUACUACAUGCAUCAAUCUGCCAACACAGCACAACAGGUGUACCCGGGUCAGUCUGGAGGGUCCUAUGGGAUGAGCGGUCCAGGAGAGGUACAGCAGGGAUACAGUGUUUCUCUGGAGCAGCUACAGACUGGCCAGCCAGCACCCAGUGAUGUCCAUAUGUACAUGGGCCAGCCUCCAGUCUACAGUCCAGCUGCAGAGGGCAUGUCCUACCAGCCUCCAGCCAAUCAGCCAUCCAGCUACAGCUCCAUCCCCAACCCUGGCCAGAGCCUUCCACACCCACCUGACACACAGCAGCACCCUUACCCCGAGAAGGCUCUUCUAUAGAAAACACUACGCCACGCUACACGCUACGCCAUGCUACGCCACGCUACACGCUACGCCAUGUCACACUACACACUACGCCACGCUACGACAUGCCACGCUACGCCAUGCUACACGCCACACUACACCACGCUACGCCAUGCUACACGCCACACUACACCACGCUGCACACUACGAUACGCCACGCUUCACACUACGCCACACACCCACACUACAACCAAACACGCCACACACCCACACUGCAAACUGCAAACUACCCACACUGCAAACUACA